AUGUCUACUACCAGCCGAAGUUCAAUGACAUAUACUGCAACAACGAUCAUAAUACCAAUCGCAGUUACAACUGCCAUGAUAAAUACCAGUAGCACAUCAAUCAGCAUUACUCCUAGCAGCAGUACUACCAGCACCACUAGCACUACAAUAACAACCACAACGACAAGCACUACAGCAACAACCACUACGACAAGCAUUUUAACAACCAUCACUUCCACAAGCAUAACAACAACAACCACUACCAUGAAUAGUUAUGGCACAACAACAGCAGCUGUUUCAAUUUUAACAUGUACGAUAGUCACCAACACCGACACAACGGAUAUAUUGAAAGAAGUCUUUUAA